AAGCCGUAAACAGGAAAAACUGCGGAGCCCGAACCCGCUGCCUGAAAACUUAGGCGCUGUCCAUGGUGCUGAAUUUGAAUAGCCCUUCGCCGUCCCCUCGGGCCGUAGGGGGACCUGCGACCCUGCUGUGAGCAUCAUAUUUGCAGCGACCUGUUCGUACCUGAGCUCACCGGAUGAUCGAUGAUCCGGAGGAUGGUGGAGGUGUACGAUUUCAGCCGCCAGGUUUAGAAGGACAGCAGACUGUCUCAGUUCGCACGUGAACAUGGAUGAAGGACUUGUGGAAUUAAAACCCGAAUGAAGACAACACAACAUGCCCCUGAGGACGCGGUUUGCUACGUACUUUGACAGGUUAUCUAUUUACUGACCAGAUCGAGCCCGAUUCAGCCAGCAGCAGCAGCUCAUUCACUCAUCCAUCCAUUCAUGAGAGGAAUUCCAACACGUUGCAAAGAUGAACUGUUGUAAUUUAGUGACCCUUCAAGGAUAGGAGAUUUGCAUUGUUUUUGCUUUUUUAAAUCUAAGAAGAGCAAAUACAUCCACCAAGGCAUGGCUCGUCUGCUUGUUUUGGUCAACUCCGUGGUCCUGUUGCUUUUUGGCAGUGAUAUGUUCCUGGUGGGAGCAAACCGGCCACCAGCUCCUGUCAAUGUGUCUGUCAUGCACCUGCGAGCCGACUCGGCAACUAUAUUGUGGGAGGUUCCAGAGGGGGACAUAAUAAUUGGCUUCUCCAUCUCACAGCAGCAGCAGGAUGGACACAUGCAGCGAUUCAUUCGGGAGGUCAACACAACCAGCCGUUCUUGUGUUCUUUGGGACCUUGAGGAGGAAACAGACUAUAUCAUCCAGGUCCAGUCUAUUGGCCUCUAUGGCGAGAGUCAAGCCAGCAAGAAGAAACAUUUUCGCACCCUAAAGAAAUCAGACCGUUUCCCUUCCAACAGCUCUAACCAAGAUGACCCCACUGUGCAGGGACUGGACAAGUCUCGACAUCUACAAACCGGAGAGAUGAUCAUAAUUGUCGUGGUCUUGGUCAUGUGGGCAGCUGUUAUUGCCCUAUUCUGCCGGCAGUAUGACAUCAUCAAGGACAACGACUCCAGCAACAAUAAGGAGAAGGCCAAGCCGUCAUCAGAAAGAAGCACGCCUGAGCACCACAGUGGAGGACUGCUGAGGAGCAAGUUUCACCCUUCUGUGCCAUCAAUCAACAUCAUUGAAGUUUGAGAAGAAGGAAGCCAAACUCAAAAGCCCGUCUCUUCUAGCAUCAGUGACCUUUCUCAGUGAUGAAGGGAAUGAAAGUGGAGAAAAGGAAUACACACAUAUGAAUAUAUGGGCCUUCUGUUGGCCAUCAACAGUGAAAAAAGUAAUGACAAAAUACCUGCAUGCACCCAGCAUUUGUAGGAAAACACAACCCAAAACUACAGACACACUCUGAACCCCAUCUAGUAAUCCUAUAGAAAUCCACACAUGCCUACACACACACAAAGAAACACCACACAGUUACUGCAAAAUCCUACUCCUGCGGGUUUACUGUACAUAGAUUAAUGUUAACCCAUGGUACAGUUAACAUUGAUGUCUUUGCCAGGUGCUUGGUAUAUUAUUGCAAUACAAUAAACACAAUAUGACCUAUCAUCUCUGGGAAGCCUGUCUUAGUGACUUUAAAUACGCAGUGUAUUUUUGAUAUUGGCAUGCGCAAUUAGAUACCACGUUCACAUGUUAUAGAGAAGUGCAAAUAGUGUUACAAAAUGCCUGAUCACAAAUGUAUAUUAUUUUAUGAAUAGAAUGAGUAGACUAAUAAGGAGAGAAAGCAAAUACAUGAAUCUAACAUUAAUUUGUAAAAACUUAAAUCGCUGCAUUUCUUAAUUUUUCCCCCCAUUAUUAAACUUAAACUACCAUUGUCUGGAUAACAAUGUAUCUUUUUCAUACUUCAUGUAAAGAAAACCUCUCUGUACAUACAUUCAUUUCCUAAUAAAGUUGCAUGCAAGUUAUUUGCGUGUAGAAUAGCCUUCAAUGUGCAUUCUAAGUUAGAUGCCCAAAAAAUGGAGAAAUAAACAUGGCUGCAGUACAGUAAAGCUCUUAAUGUUUUUAUUCGUCUAUUUUACCUGCUUUUAGAAAGGGGCACUGCCAUUUAUCAUCCAGUGUUUGAUUUUACAUCUUGUACAUUUACUGCGAAUUGUACAUGUAUUUUCUAAAGUGUAAAAUAAACAUUGUUUUGAAAGUCCCAUUACACACUU